AUGUGGCUCGUUGACUGGUUCUGGGAUGUUCUCGCCAACCUUGGCCUGAUGAACAAGCACGCCAAACUGCUGUUCCUUGGUCUUGACAAUGCCGGAAAGACCACGCUUCUUCACAUGCUCAAGAGUGUAUGCCUACCCUGCCCACGAGACCCGGAAACAGUCGAGCUUACAACCAACAGCGCCGUCUUGAACCCCACCCUUCACCCUACCUCCGAGGAGCUGAGCAUCGGCAACGUCCGCUUCACCACUUUCGACUUGGGCGGUCACCAGCAGGCAAGACGUUUGUGGAAGGACUACUUCCCCGAGGUUUCCGGCAUUGUCUUCCUUGUCGACGCCAAGGACCCCGAGCGUUUCAUUGAGAGCAAGGCUGAGCUCGAUGCUCUCCUUUCAAUGGAGGACCUCUCCAAGACCCCCUUCUUGAUUCUCGGCAACAAGAUUGACCACCCUAGCGCCGUCAGCGAGGACCAACUCCGACACGAGCUGGGUCUUUACCAGACCACCGGCAAGGGCAAGAUCCCUCUCGAGGGCAUCCGUCCCAUCGAGGUCUUCAUGUGCAGUGUUGUCAUGAGACAGGGCUACGGCGAGGGUAUCCGCUGGUUGUCGCAAUACGUCUAA